AUACCAUUUCGACGUGGACGAGGAUCCGCGGGAGAUUUGCGGCGAGCCAAGCAUACGUGUGCGCGCGCGCGCGCGUGUGUCGCACGCGUGCACUUGUACAAUGCGUGCGUCCGCACAAUGCACAGAGCGUAGACCGCUACAGUGUAAGCUACGUGGUUCUUCGAUAACUAAACGCGGGUAAUACACGGGUAUUCGUGGCGAAAAGCGGAGAUCGAGAUUGUGGAAGAGAGAGGUGGUGUCUUUGGAAAAAAGAAGGAAAACCGGCGAUAAGAAGACGACGGGGAGAGAAAUCGUUUGAGAAGUGGAAGGAAGAGAGCGAGAGAGAGAGAGAGAGAGAGUAAUGAUCGUGACGACGGUCGUGUGGACAAAUGAACACCUCGGCACAGCGUUUGGGAUAUUCCAAAGAUGUGAGGAAUGAUCACGUGGAUGAUGGUUGGACUGCUUCUGGCUACGGAAACUUGCGGCAGAAACGUCCUCUCCGGAAACGGAAAUGGAAACGGAAAGGAAGAGGAGACGAAGGGCGUCACCACGGACGAGGAAGACAUCUAUCGUCUAACGUGCUACACUUGCGUCAACGUCAGCGAUAACCAGAUGUGUAACGCUUGGGCGAUAGAUACGCCGUGUCCGACGGGAGAUGGUGACUUUUGUCGAUCGCUGCAUAUUUUGGACAGCCGGGGGGACAGUGUCUUGGUAAGCAAGAGUUGCGCCAACAGCGCAGAAUGUGGACCAGCAUCAGUCGGUUGCAUCCCCAUGGACACGCAGCAGAUUUGCAUAAGUUGCUGCGACCUGAGCUACUGCAAUAUCGAGUCGCCCACCAACAUGACCAACGCGAUCUAUUCCCGUCAACGACGCGCCAAGUCGAAAUCGAAGCACAAACGGCUCGGUAGUAACGGGGUCGAUACGGCGACGCGAUUCUUUGGAUCCAGCUUGCUCUGGCUCCCCGCCUCGCUCUUCUAUGCAUAUCAUUGCUGAGGAAGUAGUAGCACUACUAACCAUGCGGCGGACAGCGCGGAAAUCGUGCGUGGAUCGCUCGCAGCGACGGUACCGUCGUCGUCGCGUUAAACGGCGUGGCUCCACCGAUCUCUCUCGAUCGAACGUUCUUUCCUGUGAUUUCUUCCGUAGUGUCACGCUCGCCUAAAUAACCGACGCCGCCGUCUAAUUCCGACCAAACUCUUUCGCGGAAUCGUAUAAGAAACCUAUUCCGUGUUCAAUCUUUCACGCUCGCCGAGACUGAUUCUCGCCGGCGAUUUAGCGUCCAAUUAUUUGGGAAGAAAACGCUGUCCCUCUAUUUUUCAUACUCUCGUUUGACAUGUUCGUCGCCAUUAACUCUAAUAAAUAUCAUGAAUGUUGACCUAUAAUACAUAUAUGUUGUAUACGUUGAUUGUGCCGAACGAGCACGCCAGAGAAACGAGAUGUUCGAGGGUAAAGCGUCCAUAAGGAAUUGUUUGGGAGUAGUUCCAGAAGAGGUUCAGAGGAAUGAGAUCCGUAGAAAGAACGGUCGAAAAACUUGGCGCCGUUUCGCGCUGUCCGAAACGUUAUUAAUCGGGGACUCUCCGAACUAAUCGGGUCCCCCGUGAUGGCAAAAGGAAUUGUUUUCUUGUCGUAGUAUCGAUAGUCGCUAUGCCCCGAAAUAGGAGGAACUCGAGACACACAAAGAGUACGCGGUCGAAGGAGACUCCUUGAAGAAAAUCGAUAGAUCCGAAUUCGUUUCCGGCGAGACGACAAUCUAGACAUUACGUAACACAGUCGAUCGCUAAUCACACGAAUAUGUAGUAUAUCACGACGCUUAUUUAUAUCCUGCUUAUUUGAUGUUUUUUUCGCGAAAUCAGAAAUUAAACGUAUGAGAGCUAGUAUUAGAGAUAAUUAAUUUAGAAAGUGACGAUGCUAACAUGAUGAUGAAAGUAUUCAGUAUAUAAAUAUGUAAAAAUAAU